AUGGAACUUCUUGGCUAUCUGUUCACCUGGGAGAGAGGAAGAGGUACAACGAAUUGGGCUGAGAUUCGUCUGGACCAUGCUUUGAUUUCUGCGGAUUGGUUCUGUUUGUUCCCUCAAGCCAAGUUAAGUAAUCUCGAAACUUCCCCCUCUGAUCAUUCUCCAAUUCUUUUAGAACCUGUACUUGAAACUCUUCACAUCUUUUUUCGUAAGUUCCAUUUUGAAAAUGCUUGGCUCAAAGAACCACUUUGUUAUAAGUUGAUUAAAGAUAGUUGGGAGUCUAUGCCCAAUGCCUCUAUUGAUAAAAAAAUUCAAAUGUGUACUGAGCGGUUGGCCGAAUGGGGAAAGGACAUAACUGGCUCUUUUAAACUGAGGAUUAAAAGGUGUAAGCAAGAGCUUUCUGAACUGAGAAACAAGAGAUAUCCCUUCUCUGUGCAGCGUUUUGGGGAAGUGAAGUUGAAGCUUUCUCAAAUUAUGGACUAG